AUGAGGAAGGUGUUUGGUAGUUGGCAAUGGACUGCAAACUAUGAUGAGGCACCUGGUGGCAGGAUUUGGAUUAUUUGGGACCAAACAAAGGUGGAGUUUGAGGUAAAACAAAUCCAUGAACAAUACAUAGCAGGACAGGUGGUUCUGAGGCAGUGCACCACUAAGUUCAUAUCUGUUGCAGUAUAUGGAAAACAUAGCAUACAAGACAGGAAGAGUUUGUUGACUGAUUUGGAGAGAACUAUGAGUGGAAUACAAGACCCAAGCUUAAUAAUGGGAGACUUUAACAGCAUCUUGUCCAUAGAAAAUAGAGUGAUGGGGAAUCCAGUCCAAGAGGGGGAAGUGAUAGAUUUCAGAAAAUUCAUAGCUGAUGUUGGACUAGCUGAACUCAAAACAAUUUGGAGAAAUUACACAUGGACAAACAACCAUGUCCAUAGUAGAAUCGACAGAAUACUUGCUAAUGUAGAGUGGGUACAAAAGUGGCCUAAUAUGGAGGGAACUAUUAUGCAGCCAGGUUUCUCAGAUCACUGCCCACUAAUGGUAACAGUUGCUGAACCUACUGAGAGGGGAAAAAGACCAUUCAAAUUAUUUAAUUGCUUAGCAUCCAACCAUAAAUUUGAUGACAUUGUUAGGGAAUGUUGGAUGAAGGGAAAUAAAGGGAAUCCAAUGCUGAAGGUGUGGUACAAGCUAAAACAACUGAAAAAAGAGCUAAAGCAAUUAAACAAUGAGGAGUACACCAGUGUGGGGCCAAAGAUCCAAGCAGCAAGGAACAAGUUGAUGAACAUACAAAUGGGAAUGGCAUCUCCGGAAACUGAUGAUGAAAUGAUAACAUUAGAGAAGGAGACAAAAGUUGAACUGGCAAAAUGGCUGGAAGUGGAGGAAAGCAUUAUGAAGCAGAAGGCAAGAAUCAAAUGGCUAAAAGUAGGGGACUCUAACACAACCUACUUCCAUGCUUGUGUAAAAAAACAGGUAGGCAAGAAACCACAUAGGCAGACUGAUGGAUAA